GACCCAUUCUUCUACUCCCUCAGGCGCCUCUCUCUACUCUUCUCGGAACUCCGAACCAUUCCGAUCUCUGAUUUUCCGACCGGCAGAGACGUCGGAGGAGCUGAUCGACGGGAGUUUCCGAGCUCUGCGGCAAUGUGGAAUCUGAGCCGCCAGCCUCUGUUCGGAGGAGGAGAAGAGGAAGGGGAGGGACAGGGGAGCCUCCUCGAAGGUGGCUCCGACGAGUUCUGUUCCCUUUCACCUAUGCAGAGAAUUUAUGCAUUCGCCGCGUUCUUGCUCACCGGCUUAGUCUGCAUGUUCCUGUCAUUGAUUGUUUUUGUCAAGCCCAUCAAAUUUGCGGUACUCUUCACCUUUGGCAACCUUUUGGCUGUUGGAAGCACAGCCUUUCUCAUUGGAGCUGUAGAACAGCUGAGAAUGAUGUUCGAGCGAACUCGCAUCUUUGCCACUGCGAUUUACCUCGGAUGCGUUGUUCUAGCUCUCAUUUGCGCUCUGGUGAUUCAUAGUAAGAUUUUGACCAUACUGGCUAUCAUUUGUGAGAUCUGUGCCCUUAUCUGGUACAGUCUCAGCUAUAUCCCCUUCGCACGGAGGAUGGUUUCUAAUCUCAUGGUCCGUUUCUGUGACACUGAGCUUUAAGGAGUACCCAAACAGAUCGCCGGAAAGAACUCUGAAGCUUCCACGAUUUUCUUUUUCCCCAUUCUUUCCUGCCCAAAGUUGGCAAAGAAGCGCCUCCUCGGCCGGCAUUGGUUUUGCUUUUUUGAGUGCGAUUAAUUAUUAUUAAUUUUUGUUAUUAAUUCAUUUGGGUCCAUCAAAAAUGGACAUGCCACCACCAAUUUGGUUCGUACCGAGGGCCAAUCACAUUCCGGCGAAUCACUGUUGAUUGAAUCCCACUUGUUGAGUUUUAAGUUUAUUAGGUAGCGCUUCACAUAAUCCAUUGAAUCUCGACAUCA